AUGGGGAACACAACUUCGUGCUGCGUGUCGUCCAGCCCUAAGCUCCGGAGGAAUGCGCACUCGCGGCUGGAGUCCUACCGCCCGGACACGGACCUCAGCCGCGAGGACACUGGCUGCAAUCUGCAGCACAUCAGCGACCGGGAAAACAUCGACGAUUUAAACAUGGAAUUCAAUCCUUCAGACCAUCCUCGGGCCAGCACAAUAUUCCUCAGCAAAUCUCAGACAGACGUGAGAGAAAAACGAAAGAGUCUCUUCAUUAACCAUCAUCCUCCAGGGCAGACAUCAAGGAAAUACAGUUCCUGCUCCACCAUCUUUCUAGACGACAGCACAGUCAGCCAGCCAAACCUCAAGUACACCAUCAAAUGUGUAGCUCUUGCGAUAUAUUACCACAUCAAAAACAGGGACCCAGAUGGAAGGAUGCUCUUAGAUAUUUUUGAUGAAAACCUCCACCCUCUUUCGAAAUCCGAAGUGCCACCAGAUUAUGACAAACACAACCCAGAGCAGAAGCAGAUUUACCGGUUCGUUCGGACACUGUUCAGUGCUGCUCAGCUGACAGCUGAAUGUGCCAUUGUCACCCUGGUAUACCUUGAAAGGCUCUUGACAUAUGCAGAGAUUGACAUUUGUCCAGCCAAUUGGAAGCGCAUUGUUCUAGGAGCUAUCCUGCUGGCCUCUAAGGUGUGGGAUGACCAGGCUGUGUGGAAUGUGGACUACUGCCAGAUCCUGAAAGACAUCACAGUGGAGGACAUGAAUGAACUGGAACGCCAGUUCCUUGAAUUGCUACAGUUUAACAUCAAUGUUCCUUCCAGUGUGUAUGCCAAGUAUUAUUUUGAUCUGCGUUCUCUGGCAGAAGCAAACAGCCUGAGCUUUCCUCUGGAGCCCCUGAGCAGGGAGCGUGCCCACAAGCUGGAGGCCAUCUCUCGUCUCUGUGAGGACAAGUACAAGGACCUCAGAAAACCCAUGAGGAAGCGUUCAGCAAGUGCUGACAACCUGAUUCUGCCUCGGUGGUCCCCAGCCAUCAUCUCCUAACUGGGGCACUCUCCUGAGGCCAUGCCGUCCCUCAUCUUCUCCUUUUGUUUAAGAAAAGAUGAACUUGGAUGGUUUGGUUUGGUUUGGUUUUCUUUUUUCCUUCUGUUUUUAACGCAGCCCCGUCAAGGCUGCCUUCACACCCACCUCCACGUUGCGUGGGUGUACACAAAGAGGCUUUAAGGGACGUAAAAUCAGUAUUCAGGAAACUCGGUGUCAAGCCUUCGCAGCAGUCACCAACAGCGCUUCUUUCAUGGAGGAAACAGACUCUAAUCCUGGAGAAGGAAAUGAAGGAAAAGGAAGUUGUGUUGAGGCAAAGAUUAGUUGGGAGCUUUGCUGUUUCUGGGUUUCUGUCUGGUCAUAGACACCAGAUGGAGGCAGAUGGUAGGUAGCAGAGUUGAAGGCACCUCCAAAUCCGGAAUGCCAUGCUAUG